AUGCCUUCUCUCUGGAGAAUACUGUGUUUUGUUCCCCUCCGCAAUCUCAAUGUACAAUCACCCCUUGGCUCCGCUGUCACACCCAAGCAGGUCGCCAUCAUUGGUGCUGGGGCUGCGGGUGCUUCUACGGCGUAUUCUCUGCGUAAAAAUGCGGAAUCCUCAGGAAUUCCCAUCAAUAUAACCGUAUUCGAGAGGGCAUCCUAUGUUGGAGGCCGGUCCACAACAGUUAAUGUUUUCGACGACCCAGCAAACCCGGUUGAGUUGGGCGCGUCCAUAUUUGUCAAUGUCAACCACAUACUAGUUAAUGCGUCAAAAGAGCUUGGGCUUAAUGCUCAAAGUGCCAGCGAUGAGCGACCUAGAGAAACCGAGGAUAUUCUUGGUGUCUGGGAUGGAGAGCAGUUCGUAUUUGUCAUGGAGGACUCCAGCAGUUGGUGGAAUAUCGCGAAACUCAUCUGGCGAUAUGGGUUGGCCCCCGUACGAACCCAAACCCUGAUGAAGAACACGGUCAAGAAGUUCCUAGAGCUCUAUAAAGAACCAUUGUUUCCAUUCCAGUCACUGACCGGCGCUGCUGCCGCGGUGGGAUUACUGGACGCUACCUCGACUCCAGGAGCUACUUUUUUGGAUAGCAACAACGUAUCGCCCCAGUUUGCGCAGGAGAUUAUACAGGCAAGCACGCGGGUCAAUUAUGGCCAGAAUCUCGCCCUGAUCCACGGUCUUGAAUCAAUGGUCUGCAUGGCUACUGAUGGGGCCAUGGCCAUCGAGGGUGGAAACUGGCAAAUCUUCGAUGGAAUGCUCAAGUCGGCUGCAGUGGAUAUUCGACUGAACCAUACCGUGCAGUCGAUCGACCGGAACUCAGACAACACCCUAACAGUCGGCUUCGAGGCGAAUGAUUCGAAACAUAAACUCAUCUUCGAUGAGGUUGUCCUUGCAGGCCCAUUUCAAUACUCUGGGAUCAAGAUCACCGCACCCCUCGACUACACCCCAGAUCCCAUUCCUUUCCAUACCCUCUAUGUAACCCUAUUUUCAUCCCCUCAUAAACUAUCUGCGAAAUUCUUCAACCUCAAAAAUCCAAACGACCGCCCUCCCGAGACUAUCCUUACAACCCUUCCCCUCGGAACCGACCUCGGAAGCAACGAGAAGGGCGUUGGCCCAUCUGGAUUUUGGAGUAUCAGCACCCUCCGCACCGUAAGGGUCCCCUCUAAGUCUACAGAGCAACCCCCAGAAACACACUAUGUCUACAAAAUCUUUUCUCCAGAGCAACCCACCGCUGAAUUCCUGAGAAAUAUCCUCGGCCUCGAGCACCCCAAUGACACAAACACCCAAAACUUAACUACGAUAUGUGACCUUCCAACCGAGGAUAUCAGCUGGUGUUACGAAAAAAUCUGGCACCCGUACCCCUUCCUCUAUCCCCGCGUAACAUUCGAAGAACCCAUUCUGGCCCCAAACAUUUGGUACACAGGUGGAAUCGAAGGGUUCAUCUCCACAAUGGAGACCAGCGCGCUUAUGGGGAAGAAUGUGGCGGCUUUGAUCUUCCGCUCCUGGGAAGAUGAAGAUGGGGAGAUUCGAGGCCUUGAUGAUGAUGCUCCUAUAGUAGAUCAGAGGCUGGAGCUCUAAGCUUGGUUUUUUUUUUUUUUGUAUUUCUUUUUGUUAUGUUUACGCUCUGGACGGUACGCCACCACGACAUGCACGAGAGUAAGGCGAUAUAUGUACCAAGCCAUGUCCAAGUCAUGUAGUGAACGUGAAACCAGAAAGGUCGGUGAGAUUAUGAAUUGGCCUGUGCUUGACGUUGGUGGGGAUUUAGGCAGCCUCAUCUAAUAUAACUACCGCUCUUGCGUUCUCCCAAGCGACACAGAACAGUGCCGUGUGCUGAGAGACUUUCGGCUCGAUAUCUGCUCGAUCCAAGACCCGAGAGACCAAGGGAUAUCAGGUGUCUAUCCUUGUUGAGUCGGCUCUCAGCUGCGAGCCUCUGCUUCUAAUGCUCAGAGGCCAUUUUUUGAUUCCCAUCAUGAUUGAAC